AUGGACGACCAGGAUGUUGUCAGUCCUUUCACUGUGAAAGAACGUAAACCGACUGGCAUCAUGAACCGCUGGGAUGAGCCCGAAGAUUGGGUGGAUGCCGACUUGCGGCCCAUAGAUCUUCUCGAAAACCACUACGACGAAAUCGGCGAUCACCCAAGUUGUAUAGUUGACCGGCUUCUCUUUCACCGUCCGGACGAUGGAUUCCUUCAACCAGUUGCACCACCAGCCGAGCCUCAAGCCGACUCGCGGUCGCCGCAAGAAGGAAUGUCGCAGCCCCUUGAUUCUGGAGAAGCAUCGCAGCCCAUUGACUCCCGGCCUGAGGACACCCAAAGAGCGCCGGGAGCUGAUGAGACCCAGGAAGCAUCGCAGGCCAUGGGCUUAGUUACAGGUGGAGGUGCAGAGCCACCCCCUUCACCGCCACGAAAGCCAUCUGGCUGCUCCGAUAGCCAAGGGCGCAAGGAAAGGCGAUCUUCCGAUAGCUCCGGUGAGUCCGAAACAAGCUCUAUUGCCUCGCCCCAAGAUCGUCCAGACGGCCCAGAGAGCGCAGCAACAAACUUGUACGAAGCCACACAACAAGCACUAGCUCAACAGCCUUCACAGCAGGAAACAGCACGAGAAGGCCGAGCCCGAGCUGGAGGCGAAACCCGCAACGUCCAGCGAAACAUGCCUUUCAUGGGUGAUGGCGCAGGGCUGGAAUUUGUUCUCGACGUGCACGCUCAGACUGAAGUCCAUGGGCGACUUUUGGUUCUUUCAAGAGUGCAGCGUAGUACUCAAUUCGCAUGGCGCUGGGGAGACGACCGGACCGUGCCUCAGUUCUCUCUGGCGCAGUGGCAAACGCUGCUCGAAGGUUCCAUCAUCUAUGAUCAGGAGCUAGUCGCCGACCUGCUAGAGACAAUCCGCGAGGUGCGUCUGGAAGCAUUUCGACGAAAUGCAGCUCGGGAUGAGCUACGAUCCCAGUUCCACUCCGCUGGCUGCGAAGCGCUGCCAGAUGAUGCGUUGGACCAGCUCUUGGAGCGCGCAGACUGGGACGCGCAAGCCGUCUACGACGCGUGGCAGAACAUAAGUGAGCCCAUUCCUUCUGUGGAAUUUGACGAUGCCCCAAGCAAUCAGAGUGCAAAUGCAGAACAGGCCUUGGCUCAAGGCGAAUCUGGCUCCGCUAACGGCGGAACAUCACCACAACCCCAGCCCACACCGAGACGGUCUCCAGGACAUCCAGCCUCAAUAUCGGGUACUCGUUCACCGACGGUUCGCCCCGAUCUGCAGGCUCUCCUUGAACGUAAUACGGGUAUGCCAGCACAUAUACAAGAGAUGAUGGAGCGCGAGCUAGGGCAAAGAGAUGAAGAAGCUGAACGACUGCGACUUCAGCGUGAUUGGCAAUGGAAUUCUAAAAGCGCAGACGAGGAGGGACUUGUUGAAAUAGACGGUACCCACCUUGAAUGCCAACCAGAAGCCAGUGGUGAAGGCGAACCGAAAAAACUGGAUAAACGAGAAGCGGAACGAAUACGCCGCAAACAGGAACUCGAAGACAUGCAACGUAGAGAAGAGGAGGACGAAUUCGAGCGCGCCCGACUCCUCAGCAUGCGGGAUUUUAUACGCCAGGAACGUGAACGUGAACUGCUAGAGAGCGACAAGGCGGUUGAACGAGAACGACUCGAACAAGACCACGCUGCUGGAACUGAAGACGCUGCUGGAACUGAAGACGCUGCUGGAACUGAAGACGCUGCUGGAACUGAAGACGCUGCUGGAACUGAAGACGCUGCUGGAACUGGAGACCCGGCGGCGGAUGAUGGCCAGCGACCAGACGAAGUUGCCGACGUGGAGCCACCCCAAGAAGAAGAGCAGCAACCCGGACCUCGCGUCAAGAGGAGGAAAGGCAACGACGGCCGAGCCGUGCUAGCUCCACUACCACCAGCACCACCGGUUCAGCCUCGCACGAGACCGCACACCCGGAGCAUGGGCCCUCCAAUGGAGAGUGUUCACCACAUGCGCCUGCGACCUAGGCCGAGACCGGCAGCAUCAUCGUCCGCCCUAGUAUCGUCCGGCAAUGCUCCUGCGCCCCCGAGGCGAAGACGUGGCCGCACUGGCAGGUCAGCCAGAGGCACAGGCGCAGGCACAGCCACAGGCACAGGCACGACCAGAAGCAGAGCCAGUAGAAAGGCAACCACUUCAACCACGACCACGACCAAGGGCAACCCUCGAAGCAAGAACGGUGUGCAAAAGAAGGCCAAGACAGCCAAGAAGUCGGCUACUACUACUACGCGCAAGACCUAA